AUUACUCCUGAAUUAGUUGUGGCUUCGAAAAUAACUGAUCUUAUCACAGUCGUUCUCCUGAACUUCGAAGGCUGUACGUGAAUAAGCAGCACAGUUAUCUCUUCACAUAGCCAGCAGUGCCUGGAGUCAACCAACAAAACAAAGAGCCACUACAUUUCAAGAUAAAGCAAAAACGCUGUUGCCUGCCUACCGUACCGUAUAUGGAUGAAAGGCAGUCUGUUGACAUUGGAACAUACUGUGCCAGGUUUCUCAAAGGUAUCUGCCCCUGUACAAGACACUCAGGCACUCCAAGGUUCCAAAGCAGAGCUUAACGGCAGCUGCCCGACUUCUCUAAUUGCUGACGAUAACAUGAACGACAUCGGCAGUAAGGUACAGGAGGUCUCCUCAGCAGAUGAUUCCGGGAUUGACAGUCCAUCUGCAGAUGCAGAUGCUGAGCUUUCAGAAGAGGUGAAAACUUUAUCACUGACAGAUUUUACCAUCAGAUUUGAGGAGGCAUCUCCAGGGAGUUUUGAAGAGGCUGUAAAGGCUUCAGGAGGAGCCAGCAAAAUCACAGAGGAAGCAGCUGUCCCAGUUACAGGUGAUGUCUGCCUGGCUCUGGCAGAGCAAUACUGGAGCACUGAACGGGAGAAAGCAGUGAAGCUGAAGAUGGCUGAGUCUGGUCCAGGCUCUGAGCCUCCACUCACAGUCCAUCAGAUGUUCCAGGACACAGUGGAUAAAUAUGGCGAUCACCCGGCUCUCCGGUGGAAGAAAGACGACACUUGGCUCACGUUGACCUACAGAGAAUACCAACAGCAGUGCCGAAUGGCAGCCAAGAGCUUUCUCAAGUUGGGGUUGGAGCGUUUCCAUGGAGUCGGUAUUCUGGGCUUCAAUUCUCCUGAGUGGUUCAUCGCAAACAUUGCCUGUAUCAUGGCGGGAGGACUCGCUACUGGAAUCUACACUACCAACUCUCCAGAAGCCUGCCAGUAUGUAGCACAUAAUAGUGAAGCCAACGUUGUGGUUGUGGAAAACAACAAACAGCUUGUGAAAAUCCUCCAGGUGAAAGACCAGCUUCCAAAUUUGAAGGCAAUCAUUCAAUACAAGGGUGAACUGGAGAAGAAAAUGUCCAAUGUGUAUGCGUGGACUGAGUUUAUGAAGCUUGGUGAGGAGGUUUCAGAUGCUCAGUUGGAAGAAAUUAUUAAUAGCCAGAAGGCAAACGAAUGCUGCUCUCUUAUCUACACCUCUGGAACUACGGGAAACCCAAAAGGAGUCAUGCUCAGUCAUGACAAUAUUACAUGGAUCUCGAAUGCUGUGGGUCUUAUGGCCAGUGUUAACAAAGCGGAGGCGUCUUUGGUGAGCUACCUGCCCCUCAGUCAUGUGGCGGCCCAGGUCAAUGACAUGUGGAUCUCUUUGAAGUUUGCUGGCACUACCUACUUUGCUGAACCAGAUGCACUGAAGGGUUCUUUGGCCCAAACUCUGAGAGAAGUGCGGCCUACAACCUUUCUGGGUGUUCCACGCGUGUGGGAGAAGAUGCAGGAAGCGAUGAAAGCCGUCGGUGCAAGUUCUUCCAUCAUGAAGAAAAAAAUUGCUGCUUGGGCCAAGGGUAUAGGACUUCAGGCCAGCUAUAAUGCCAUGAAUGGGGAUCCCUCUGUGCCCUGGGGCUUCAUGCUGGCUGAUAAUCUGGUCUUCAAGAAAGUGCGCGCUGCCCUUGGGUUGGACCGCUGUAGUUUCUGUUUCACAGGUGCUGCUCCCAUCACCAAGGACACGCUGGAGUUCUUCAUGAGCCUCAACAUUCAAUUGCUUGAAGGGUAUGGCAUGAGUGAGAGCUCGGGACCACACACCAUGUCCUGCACCUCCUGCUUCCGGAUCAUGAGCUGUGGUAAAGUGAUACCAGGCUGCAAAACCAAGCUGGACAAGCCAGAUGCAGACGGAAACGGGGAAGUGUGCUUCUGGGGCCGGCACAUCUUCAUGGGCUACCUGAACAUGCCUCACAAGACUGAGGAGGCGCUGGACUCAGAAGGCUGGCUGCACUCAGGGGACCUUGGAAAGCAUGACAAAAAUGGCUUCCUCUACAUUACAGGCAGGAUAAAAGAACUGAUCAUCACUGCUGGAGGAGAGAACAUCCCACCAGUCCCCAUCGAGGAUGCACUCAAAGAGGAAGUGUCCAUCAUUAGCAAUGCCAUGUUAGUGGGAGACAGAAAGAAAUUCCUGUCCAUGCUUCUCACUCUGAAAUGUCAGGUUAAUGAGAACGGAGAGCCUACAGAUAAGCUGAGCCCACUGGCUGUGCAGUUUUGCCAGCGACAGGGAGUCACUGCCCACAAAGUGUCUGAAAUCAUCAACAACAAAGAGCCAGCCAUUUACAAAGCUAUCCAAGAAGGUGUAGACAAAGUCAACGCCAAGGCCGUAUCCAAUGCUCAGAGGGUUCAGAAGUGGGCUCUCCUGCCGCGGGACUUCUCUAUAUCUGGAGGGGAGCUUGGUCCCACUAUGAAGCUCAAGAGGCCAGUUGUCACAAAAAUGUACAAAGAAGAAAUUGACAAGUUUUAUGGGGAAUAGUCCACCAUAAUGUUGGACUUUAACUUGAAG